AUGGCAGAGCCGGUAAUGCAGGAGGGCCCUGCAGCGGCGUAUAUGGCGUCUGUAGGUAUGGCGCCGACCGAAAAUCCCACGUCGUCUUUCCUGGCACGAUUCACGGCGACGGCCAACGAGGCGUGGGCGUGGCUAGCCGAAUCCUGGGGCUUGCGUUUCCAGGAUCAGGCGUGUGCAGAGCGCAUAACGCAGGAUGACGUGCAUGCAGCAAUGAAAGAAGCUUUCAUGGUGGACCAGGAACUGGACUCGUUUGCAGAGAAAUUUCGGUACACCAUUGCUACUUCGUACUUGCUUGCACCGACGUUGUCCAUUUCCAUGUAUGGACGUCCCAACACGUCGAAAACUGAUGCGACUGUGCUUCCUAUGGGCCAGUCCAAGACGUAUACGCUCCCGCAUGUGCCGUUACACCAUACUGUGCAAUGUAGACUUGCUGACCAAGUACCUAUCGUGCCUGUGGUCGUCGGCGCGAGUGUUCUCCUUCUCGCCAGUCUACUGCGUAUACCACUGGCACCUGUCCUGCUAGCUUUGAUGGCCCUUGAUGCAUCCCUGGUCAAACUGCAGCUCUCCAACCAUUGGCAAUGGCCACCGCAGGAUAUGGUGUUCGCCGUAGCGACGCCUUCAGCGAUGCGACCUCACUUUCUCGCCGCAUCAGUGCCUUUGCCCAUCUGGGUCAAAGAUGAGCGAAUUCGACUGCAUGUAUGUCUCCUGCAUCAAGCACAGCUUUUCGUCCAAGCGGCGCAACGUAUGGAUCGAUGCAUCAACAAUGCACUGGCAGCUGUUCAAGAAGUCGAAUUGGUCUCGCGAGGCUUUCCCUUGUCGUCCCCCUUGCCGCCUAUUUCACGUAUGGAGGCAGCUACCGCUGCUUUGGAAAGCACUCCAACGCCUGGUGCACGCCCCACCUACCCACAGCGCUUUCCACGUCUACGAAAAGCUAUUGCCGAUGCCGUGGAAGAAAUGUCAUUUCAUUGCCGUACAACAUCAGAGCGGCUGAACGCGACAUGUCUACAAGAAGAUCCAUGUAUUCACCAUGGUCUUGUUACUGUACGACACAAGCCAGGGACUGUAAAAGCCGCUGCGCCAGCACCAUCGUCGGUCGUCCCGCGGACCCUCUCGCUCUCUCCGUUUGCGACGCCGCCCCGCCCGGCUCCGCGACCGGGCUCACCAGAGAAAGCCAUUCGACUUCGGCCACCUAUGAGCGAGGGCCGACUGUCUGCGCCGCCUGUGCAUGCUGGCACGCCGCUUCGCGCGCGGAUGGCGCGUCCAAGCGACUCACCGUCGACACUGCACCAACCGUUGGACCCCGUCGAUCGACUCGCGCUGGCCUCGCUCCGCCGUGGAUUUGAACACAUGCAUACAAUACGCCAAGCUCUCCUUUACCGUAUUCUCUCUUUGGACCUAUCGAUGAAAACCGUGGGGGACGAUCCUCAACAGGCCAUGGCGUUGCAUACAUUUUGGGAUGAAGAGGUGCUGCAUGGCACCCUGAUGCCACUGACCACACAAUUCGAUGCCAUUGCCGAUACUAUGCAAGAAGCCCUUCAAAGCGAAGUGGCCCAAACCUCGCCUGUGGCGCCUUCACCGUCCUCGCUGCGCGCACAUAGCCGUCUCGGGCCUCCCCUGGUAGAGAUGGCACGCAGACUACGUGCAUUGCAGUGCAAACUGUGUGUAUGCGAAGACGAGCUGAAUCUGUCUCUACCGCGUCUGCAUGGCGAGGACGAAAAUGAUGGUGCGCCAUGGCCUGCGGAUGAAGCCUCGGUCCGCGACAUGGUAGCCAGCAUGCGGGCGGAUCUGGACGCAUUGAUGCAGGCUUGGGAAGCGGGGUAUGCCACCUUCCAAGCACCACCUCCACCGUCCUCCACCCGUCCACUAUGUACGCCCCCGCCCAUGUCGCCUACAGCUCUGCCUGCGCCUGUGCCUUUGACGAUGGACAGCGAUCUGUUGGACGAACCGGAGGAGUUUCAAAGUGGCGUUCUGUCAUCCGAUACCCUUGAUGGUCUUCUUCGCGCGUCCACCUCGACCGCGCAACUUCCGCGUCCAGGUGGGCCGGAAGACGUGUACGAAAGUGAGCCGGCUCCCUUCAUGCCCUCACGACCACGCUCGACCCAGUCACGCGCGGAGCGAAUCCGCCUCGCACGCGAGGAGCGAGAGAAAGCAUCCGCACAGCAUUUUGAUGCGCAACAUGCCACGAACCCCUUUACGAUUGUCAAUGAACUUAAAAGCGUCCUUGAACGCCGGACUCAUCCUGAACCUACGACGCCGCCGUCGCCGUCCAUAGUGUCUUUCUCCUCUGCCUAG